GGCCGACUAAAGGGUUAAUGUUUUCAAGGGAAAUUAGCCCUGACUAAACAUUGCUGCUGGCUCAUAAAUACACUGGGCUUUGGAUGGCAUAAAAACUAAGAGAAAUCAGUGUGUAGGAGAGACACAAGUAAGUGUCCCUCAGUGACAGAGGCAACAAUAAUUGUGAAAAACACUUCAGCAAUUAUGGACUCGUCUGAUGUUCGAAGGAAGAAAGUAGCUGUCAUUGGUGGUGGCUUGGUUGGCUCAUUACAAGCAUGCUUUCUUGCAAAGAGGAAUUUCCGGGUUGAUCUAUAUGAAGCUAGGGAAGAUAUUCGAGUGGCUAACUCCACACGUGGAAGAAGCAUUAACUUAGCCCUUUCUCACAGAGGACGACAAGCCUUGAAAGCCGUUGGCCUGGAAGAUCAGAUUGUAUCCCAAGGUAUUCCCAUGAGAGGAAGAAUGAUUCACUCUCUUUCAGGAAAAAAGUCUGUAAUUCCCUAUGGGACAAAGACUCAGUAUGUUCUUUCUAUAAGCAGAGAAAAUCUGAACAAGGAUCUAUUGACUGCUGUUGAGAAAUAUCCCAACGUGAAAGUGCACUUUAACCACAGACUGCUGAAAUGUAAUCCAGAGGAAGGAAUGAUCACAGUGCUUGGAUCUGACAAAGUUCCCAAAGAUGUCACCUGUGACCUCAUUGUAGGAUGUGAUGGAGCCUAUUCAACUGUCAGAUCUCACCUCAUGAAGAAACCUCGCUUUGAUUAUAGUCAGCUUUACAUUCCUCAUGGGUACAUGGAGUUGACUAUUCCACCUAAGAAUGGGGAUUAUGCCAUGGAACAUAAUUAUCUGCAUAUUUGGCCUAGAAAUACCUUUAUGAUGAUCGCACUGCCUAACAUGAACAAAUCGUUCACAUGUACUUUGUUCAUGCCCUUUGAAGAGUUUGAAAAACUUCUAACCAGCAGUGAUGUGCUGGAAUUCUUCCAGAAAUACUUUCCGGAUGCCAUCCCUCUAAUUGGAGAGAGACUCCUAGUGCAGGAUUUCUUCCUGCUGCCUGCCCAGCCCAUGAUAUCUGUAAAGUGCUCUUCAUUUCACUUACAAUCUCACUGUGUACUGCUGGGGGAUGCAGCUCAUGCCAUAGUACCAUUUUUUGGGCAAGGAAUGAAUGCGGGUUUUGAAGACUGCUUGGUAUUUGAUGAGUUAAUGGAUAAAUUCAAUAAUGAUCUUAGUUUGUGUCUUCCUGCAUUCUCAAGAUUGAGAAUCCCAGAUGAUCAUGCGAUUUCAGACCUAUCCAUGUACAAUUACAUAGAGAUGCGAGCACAUGUCAACUCAAGGUGGUUCAUUUUUCGGAAGAACGUGGAGCGAUUUCUUCAUGCUAUUAUGCCGUCUACCAUCAUCCCUCUUUAUAGUAUGGUCUGUUUUACCAGAAUAAGAUACCAUGAGGCUGUGCAGCGUUGGCACUGGCAAAACAAGGUGAUAAACAAAGGACUCUUUUUCUUCGGAUCACUGAUAGUCAUCAGCAGUACCUACCUACUUAUGUACUGCAUGUUACCACGACCUCUUGACUAUGUGAGAAGACCAUGGAACUGGAUAGCUCACUUCUGGAACACAAAACAUGUUUCAUUUCAUUAGCAGGUGAUAGAAAGGUUUGAGGUAGCAAAUUCUUGAUUUCUUUCUCUGUGACCAAAAUUAAGCAUUAAAAAAAAAAAGUUUCUAUUGCCAUAUUUGAUUCACUAAUGGAAGAUAGUGGUCUGCUUAUAAUUAAACUUGAUGUAGAAGUUC